AUGGCUGAAAUCCAGUUGUUCAAAACUAAGAUUACGCUUGCGUGCAAGCUCAUACGAUCAAGCGACAAGCUGGACCAACCUUUUGCAUUCCCUCCUCAAAAGGAUGAAUGUGAAGUCUACAUCAGAGAAAGAACGGCUCAACUCAAUCACUUGAUGACAACAAUCAAAAAAGCAAAAGAGCAUCACGACACUUACGUUGAAAAAGCAAUCGAAGCAAUAAGUUUGCGAUCGGAGCAAAAGGAACGAGAGAAGCUAAUGCUGGACUUGAAUAACCACCUGGAACUAGAGUCUAACUGCUUGGAAAUCGAGACGCUUCAAUGGAUGUGCAAGAUCGACUUCAGAAAGGAGGAGCUGGCACAACAAGCCUCCCUGAUCACGGAAGCUACUAGUGUCACCAACCAGGCUGUCAGCAACCAGAGCAACUCAUUGAGCGGAGCGGACACUGCCAACUCGUAUGAGCGCAGUGUUCGUGUACGACGCCCUCUGCUAGAAGUCCCAACAUUCUCCGGGAACUUCAGAGAGUUCAACACUUUCUGGUCUGUAUUCGAGUCCCUCAUACAUAACGAUGCGGACUUGAGCGAUCAGGAGAAAUUCCUCUUUCUCAAACAAGCAGUGAAAGGAAAAGCAGCGGCCUCAAUCAGCAGUAUCCCCGUCAUUGGGGACAAAUACAACGCCGCAGUGAGCAUUCUCAAAAAACAAUACGACAGAUCGUCUAGUAUAGCGGACAUCUUGAUCAACGAGAUCGAGCACCUACCAAGGGCUCAAGGAAGCUCGACAAGUUGCCGCAAUACGCUCAGUGCCAUAUCGUCUCGCAUCGUACACCUGGAACAAGCUCGAGUACUAAUGAGCGCAGACCGAGUAUGGAGGCGUCUGAUCCUCUCCAAAUUCACAGAGUCCAUCUGCAGCCAAGAAACAUUUAUCUCAAACGAAGUAAAGAUCACACUGAAAGCAUUGCGCAGCUACAAGAGACUGCAGAAUCUGCCAGUAUUCACCCUAGAACGGCUGACAUCGUCAACCAAAACCGCACAUCUCUCUGACGCGGACCGAAGUUUUAUCAAACGAGAGAAGAUCACCAUCGCUCAGCAUAGCCUGAAAUCGCCUAAAGCCACUCCUGCGCUUUACCAAGUCAUCUGCUAUGACAAUCCUGCUAUGGUCCUUCCAUCGGGACUUAUUUUAACUCCAACGAUAUUCGGCUACACGAUUUCUGGAAAAAGCAGGAUCCAAAGAGCCUUAGUGAAAGGCGGGCUCGUCUGUAGCUCUCAUUUCGUUGCUAUGCCGAGUGCGGCAAUCGCGCACAAGUUGAAAGAGAAGUCCAACCUCGAAGCCCAUUUCGGACCUGUGUAA